AUGGCUAUUGCUGAACUGUUUCUUGGUGCAUUCAUCACUGUGUUGUUUGAGAAGCUCACCUCUGGUGACUUAAUUGGGCUUGCUCAAUCUGCAGGUAUCUAUGCUGAGCUCAUCAAAUGGAACGACAAAUUGGCCCAGGUCCAAGCUGUCCUUGUUGAUGCAGGCCACAAGCACUUAAGACAGACAUCUGUUCAGUUGUGGCUUAACAAACUCCAACAUUUGGCAUAUGAUAUUGAUGAUGUUCUCGAUGACUUGACAACUGAAGCUGUACGACGCGAGUUGAAUAAAGAAUCUUCUAACUGCAGCACCAACACUAGUAAGGUAUUGAAGAUUAUCCCAACCAAAUUUAAUGCUUUUAAAUAUGGUCGUAAAAUGAGUUUCAAAUUAGAUGAGAUUACAGCUAAACUACAUGCUCUUGUUGAGGAAAAAAACAUGUUGGGCUUAACUGAUAACGUUAAAUGGUCAAAAAGAGAAAGUAAACGAUCCGAAGAAACUUCAUUGGUUGAUGUGUCCAGCGUUGUGGGUCGUGAAGGGGAUAAAGAGGCAUUGUUGGGGAAGUUGUUGGGAAAUGAAUCAUGUAGUCGUCGUAAAUUCGGUCUCGUGUCCAUAGUUGGUCUGGGUGGGGUCGGCAAAACCACUCUUGCACAAGUUUUGUACAAUGACAAGAAAGUGCAGGAUCAUUUUGACCUCAUGUCAUGGGUUUGUGUUUCUGAGGAGUUUGAUGUAUUCACUAUUAGCAAGGCUAUUUUUAAAGAUGUGGGUGGGGUGGAAACAAAUUUUGAAACUCUAAAUCAGCUUCAAGUGGCCCUUACAGAAAAACUCUCAAAGAAAAGGUUCCUAUAUGUUCUAGAUGACGUCUGGAAUGAAGACUACACGAAGUGGGAGCUCCUCCAACGCCCUUUUGCUGCUGGGGCACAAGGAAGUAAAGUUAUUGUAACAACACGAAAAAAUACGGUUGCAACAGUUAUGGACUCUGUUCAAGCUUACCCACUAGAGGUUUUGUCAAAUGAAGCUGCUAUAUCUUUGCUUGCUCAAAAUGCGUUAGAUAAACCAAACUUUGAUUCACAUCCUGCAUUAAAGUUGCAAGGUGAAGCUAUCGUGAAGAAAUGUGGAGGAUUACCUUUGGCUUUGAAAACAUUGGGGAGGGUGUUAAGAACAAAAUCACAUGAUGAAGAGUGGGAGAUAUUGUUGAAUAGCGAGAUAUGGAAUUCACAUAACGAAAGUAAGAUUCUUCCGGCUCUAAGGCUAAGUUACUAUGAUCUCCCACCGCAUUUGAAGCAUAUGUUUGCUUAUUGCUGCCUAUUCCCCAAGGAUUACAUGUUUAACAAGAAUGAACUAGUCCUACUGUGGAUGGCGGAGGGGUUCUUGCACAGAUCAAAUGGCAACACUUCAAUGGAGAAUUUUGGUCGUGAAUGUUUUAGAGAGCUAGAGUCAAGGUCAUUUUUCCAACAUUCACCUAGUGAAAAAUCACGAUAUACAAUGCAUGAACUGAUUAAUAAUAUGGCCAUGAGUGUUGCCGGAGAGUUCUUUUUUAUGCUGGGUGAUAACAUGGAUGUUGAGGACAAAAACAAAGCUUUGGACAAGUUCCACCACUUUUCAUUUAUUCGUCGAGAAUAUGGUCUAUACAAAACGUUCAAUGCAUUACAAAGAGCUCGACGCUUGAGAACUUUCUUAGCAUUAUCAGUUACGAUUGAUAAUUAUCUGCAUUGGUUCUAUUUAUCGAAGAAGGUACUUGUAGAAGUACUUCCUCAGCUAAAGUUCCUAAGAGUUCUAAGCCUAGCUAAUUAUUCAAUCACGGAGGUACCACAAUCCAUUGGUAGUCUCAAGCAUUUGCGCUACCUCAACUUUUCAAAAACUAGUAUCACAUGUUUGCCAGAACAAGUCGGUGACCUUUAUAAUCUACAGAGCCUGUUGGUUUGUGGUUGUCAUAGUUUAUCUAGCUUGCCAAACAGUCUUGUAAAGCUGAGAAACAUGAGACAUCUUGACAUUACUGAUACUUGGCGGUUGAACAAGCUGCCAAUAGGAAUUGGUGAGUUGACUGGUCUAGAAACUCUAUCCAAAAUCAUUAUUGAAGAAGCUGAUGGGUUUAACAUAUCCCAUCUUAAGGACCUACAACAUCUUCGAGGUCGGCUUACCAUUGAAGGACUGCAUAAAGUGACGAAUGCAGCCCACGCAAAGGAAGCUAAUUUACAGCAAAAGAGGGGUCUUUGUGAUUUGGAGAUGAAAUGGAGAGAUGUAAAUGAUACUUCACGGAAUGAAAUAACUGAAUAUGAAGUGCUUGAAGGACUAAGGCCUUUUGAGAAAUUGACCAGCCUCAAGAUUCUGUAUUACAUGGGAACGAAAUUUCCAAGUUGGGUUGGGGAUCCCUCAUUCGAUUGCUUAACCCAGCUUAGGUUACGUGGCUGUGGAAGUUGUACAUGCUUACCAACACUUGGGCAUCUACCGUCACUUCAAAAGUUGUUUGUUGGAAGCAUGAACGUCUUGAAGAGAGUGGGCUCAGAGCUACUUGGAAAUGCUAAAUCUUGCAAUGGUAUUGCAUUUCCAUCACUUGAAAUUUUGGAAUUUAAAGAUAUGGAAGGUUGGGAGGAAUGGUCAACUCGUGGUGAUACUGCAUCAUUUCCUUGUCUAAGUGAGAUCUCUAUCGUAAACUGUCCAAAACUGAGUCUAGUGGCAAUCGAUCAGUCAAUCCCGUCACUUCGAGUUUUGCAUAUAGAAGAAUCUCCGGCAGUGGUGUUGGAAGGCAUGAUCAGUGUGUCUUCAUUGAUUACUAGAUUGACAAUGGAGAAUAUUCAAGGACUUAGACAGCUACAUGGAGAAGUUUUAGAGCAUCUUAAGGCAGUAGAAUAUCUAAGCAUUUCACGGUGUGAGGAACUCACAUACUUGUGGGAAUCCGAAGAUGAAGAAUGCAUGAAUCUUGUCAAUUUACAGGAGUUGGACAUAAGUUGGUGUAAGAAUUUGGUAAGAUUGGGAGAGAAAAAGGUGAAGUCAGUGAUUAGCUUAUCAUCACUUAGAAAAGUAAGACUUAACAAUUGUCACAAAUUGGAGAGUUACAAGUGUCCAAGUAGUAUUGAGAAAUUGGAGAUAUCCAAUUAUGAUUCGAUAACAACGUCAUUGACCUUCCCAACAAUGCAGCAUGACUUCCCGCCUACUUUGAAGAUUCUUGAAAUUGAUGAUUGUGAGAAUCUGGGGAUGAAUUGGCUUCUCAGCAACUUCUUAUCAUCAGUUACAUCUCUUACCAUUUGGGGAAUGCUGAAUUUGAGUUUACCUAAAGGAUGCUUAGUUCAUCUGACGCACUUGACGAUUUCGAGCUGUGAAAACAUAGAAUCCAUUCCAGAGGAAGGUUUUGGAUUUCUUCCCCAUCUUUGCCUAAGAUAUCUACGGAUCGAUGAUUGCAAGAAUCUAAAGUCAUUUCCACAUAAGCAAUUGCAAAAUCUCACGUCUUUGGAAGACAUGUGGAUAACUGAUUGUCCAAGCAUGGACAGCUCAUUCCCUUGUGGUAUGUGGCCUCCUUUUUUGAGAUACUUAAACAUAAAAGGAGUGAAGAAGCCGAUAUCAGAAUGGGGAAUGCAAAAUUAUCCAAACUCACUUGUUGAACUAGAUUUAGGAGGCUCUGAUUCAGGAUUGGUGUCAUUUGCAAAGUCUGAUAGCAGGAAGAAUAGUGCUGCAUCAUCAUCUUUUUUACUUCCAUCAUCUCUAACUUCUCUAAGAAUUUGGAAUUGUAUGGAACUGGAAUCAAUUUCAAAAGGAAUGCAGCAUCUGACCUGCCUUCAAAUACUUGAUAUCGAUAAUUGCCCAAAGCUAAGAGAUCUGCCAAAGACACGACUCCCUUCACUUUCAAGUUUGAAUGUGAGUGGCGUUUCCCGGGAACUGAUAAAAAAGUGUAGUAGAGGAAAAAAAGGAAAGUACUGGCCUAUCAUCUCCCAAAUCCCUCUCCUUCAAAUUAAAGAAGAAUAG